CAACACUUCAUUUUCUAUCAAAUUUCUCUUCUUCUUCUUCUUCUAACUGAAUUCCAAAUAGUUACGCUAAUCGGUUUUUAAGAGAGAGAAACAGAGUAGAUGACGGUUACUCAUCCGAAUCACUUGCUCCGGUAUGGAUUUACGAUGAAUUUUCCUAUUCUGGUGCUGUUCUUCGCUAUUUUUCUCAUUGCCCGAUCCUCUGCUCUUCAGAUAGGAGAUUUCUGCUUGACGAGCAAAAGCUGUGACGCAGGGCUGCACUGCGAGACUUGCCUAGCGAAUGGCAAUGUCAGGCCGCGGUGCACUCGAAUUCAGCCUAUCAAUCCUCUUUCCAAGGUGAAAGGAUUGCCGUACAACAGUUACACGUGGCUAACCACUCACAACGCAUUUGCGAGAUUGGGGGUGAAGUCGGCAACUGGAAGCAUAAUUCUAUCCCCGCAGAAUCAGCAGGACUCCAUUACCGAUCAGCUAAACAAUGGAGUGAGAGGGUUGAUGCUCGACAUGUAUGACUUUGAGAAUGACAUCUGGUUAUGCCACUCGUUUGGGGGGAAUUGCUUCAACUACACAGCUUUUGUGCCAGCUACAACUGUUCUAAACGAGGUUCGAGUGUUUCUUGAAGCAAAUCCAAACGAAAUUAUCACUAUAAUUAUAGAAGACUAUGUUACAUCCCCUAAUGGCCUGACAAAGAUUUUUAAUGCAUCUGGGUUGAACAAAUACUGGUUUCCAUUAUCUCGAAUGCCCAAAAAUGGUGGAAGUUGGCCGACAGUUGAUGAUAUGAUCGCUAAGAACCAGCGUUUAGUAGUCUUCACGUCCAAAUCUUCCAAGGAAUCCUCAGAAGGCAUUGCAUACGAAUGGAGAUAUGUCGUAGAAAACCAAUAUGGUAAUGGUGGAAUGGUAGCUGGAUCAUGCCCGAAUCGUGCUGAGUCGCCUGCUAUGAACGUAACAUCAAGGUCCCUAGUUUUAAUGAACUACUUCCCGGAUAAUCCAGAUGUGGCCACAGCUUGCAAACACAAUUCAGCCCCUUUAGCUGAUAUGAUGAACACAUGUUAUCAAGCAGCUGGUAGAAGAUGGCCCAAUUUCAUUGCAGUCGAUUUUUACAAGAGAAGUGAUGGUGGUGGAGCACCUGAAGCAGUAGAUAUGGCGAACGGAGAACGAGCCUGUGGCUGCAAAACUAUAUCAUCUUGCAAGGAAAAUGCGGCAUUUGGAGUAUGUGAAGCACCGGAGGCAGGUUUCGAUGGAGCAAUCAAAAAUGGAACUCAGUCCGGAGGGUUCGACGGCAGACCCUUCCAAUCACUAUGGAUGGUCAGUCUAGUUGUUAUGGCCAUUGUAUCACUGUGAUCUCCAACUUGGUUCUUCCAUUUUUUUUAUUUUUUUCUUCUUCUUUUGAUUGAUUUUAUACACAAGGCUACAAUGAUAUAAGAUCCAAAAAUAGUAUAGAAUGCAGUUGUAACAUUGGUUUCGAAGCUAAUGCUAGGCCACAUGAACAUUGUGCCAGUAGUAUAUUGAAAUUGGAUUAAAUCAAUUUCAAUCAGUAAAAAAUUUACU